GUCGGCAACGGCGGGAGUCUUUGUUGUCCUUGGUCCUCGAUGGACGUGUGUUCGUCGCGCGGGUGCAUGGAGGUCAUGGAUCAAGUUGGACACGUCCAGCCGCACGUGCACGCGCAGGACCCCAUCAGCUUCGGCAUUGAUCACAUUCUGCACGGCGGCGGCGAGCACCCGUGCAUGUUGGCCACGAGGAUGCACGAGCCGGACUAUGGUCACCUGUACACGUGCGACGCCGGCAACGGCUUUCCGUGCGUCAGCGUUCACAGCGACGGCUACCACGUGAACGCAGGCUCCAACGUCAACUCGUCUGGGGUCAUCCGCGUGCCCGCGCACAGACCUGGGACUGGCGGGGGUAUGGCAUCCAUGACCGGAAGUGUCAACAACCUGAGCACGCUCACUUUCCCGUGGAUGGAAAGCAACAGAAGAUACACCAAAGACAACUUCACUGUGUGUGUGACUCCACGCUCGGUACCGCGCCGUGUGGGACACCCUUACCAGAACCGAACUCCCCCCAAGAAGAAGAAGCCUCGGACUUCGUUCAGUCGACUCCAGAUCUGCGAGCUGGAAAAACGUUUUCAUCGACAGAAAUAUUUAUCAUCUGCGGAGAGAAAUAUUCUCGCCAAAGCGUUGAAGAUGAGCGACGCGCAGGUGAAGACUUGGUUCCAAAACAGAAGAACCAAAUGGAGGAGGCAGACGGCAGAGGAGAGAGAAGCAGAGCGUCAGCAGGCAAACAAAAUAGUUCUUCAGCUCCAACAGGAAGUUUUCCAGAAGUCCAUCAAACAAACUUUAGUUCCAGAUGCGCUUUGCCUACAAAAUAAUUCUUUGUUUGCGCUGCAGAAUUUGCAGCCGUGGAGUGAAAACACUGCAAAGAUUAGCAGUGUGUCAGCCUGCGAAUGACUGUGUUCAACUACGUGUCAUAAUAUUUUCAUCAAGAACCGAAACUUCACAACUUAUCUGACUUAAGAAAAAGUCUUAAUGUUUGUUUUCUAACAUCACAUUUAAAGUGUAAAACAGUGAUGUCCAAAUUAAUAAAAUACACGUAUUGAUUAUUAAUCACGUGUAUAAUUAGAUACGCUCUUAUUUUGUCAGCUACAACCCAAUAUGCAUACAGUAAUCUAAUAUAUAAUGUACGAAAUGACACAUCUUCACAUGUUUGUUCACACGUACACUCAUACUUUUUUAAAUAUUAGAACAUAUCCAUCCACACGUGUGUAUUAGAUAUACAUGCUAUUAUGCUAUCAAGAAACAGAUACGCAAAAGACUGUAAGGCAAUAUUGGCCAAUCAGAAGCGCAGAUGACGUAAUUUCCAGAGGUGGUACAACAGUGAAGAUGGCUAAUCAGGGUAAUGAGGGGCAUAUUCACGCCUUUUUCUGUCAAUGUAGAACAAAAGUAGCAAUUUAUUUAAGAGUCAUUUUAGUAUUUUUAAAAUCCACUGGCAGACAUUGUUUGUCGCUGUACCUUUUUUUUAUCAAACGAUUUAACACACCAAAAGUAUAUGUUGACAAUAUAUUAACAGAAUAAGGCACAUAUUUAAGGUUGAGUAAUCAAUACCGAUAUAUAAAUCAAAAUCAUUUUAAAGACAGUAAUGAUAGAGUCAAUUCAAAUAAAAAUGAUAAUAAUGGGCUUUUUAAAAGAUCAUUUAAAAAUGUUCCCAUAAAGACAAUAAUUUAGGGGCUUUUCUAUGUUUUACCAUUUUCCAAGAUUGUAUUAAUAAUUAGAAAUUAUAAAGUCAAUCGGAGAAUUUUUGGUUUCACUUUAAAACAAUCGGCUUGUGUGUACAAAACAUGUAACGUAAUCAUUUUAAAAAUAAUUUUUAAUUUGUUAUCUUUCGGGAAUAUACCAAAUUUAAUCUAUUCUUUCGUAUAUGGGGACAUCUUAAUACCAUUGUCUUUCUCUUCCCAAAAUAAAUGUACAUGAUCACAUUCCAAAAAUAAAUGAUUCUCAUAUUCUACUGUAUUACAAAUAUAACAGUUGUUAACCAUAAUGUUAUAUUUUUGGGUAACAUUUAAAUAAUCAUUUUAGAUUGUAUGACUUUACUUUUGGGAAGAAAUGGAAUUUAUCAUGUCUUAUUUUCCAUUGUUUUACUUUUGUAAACUUUUUAGGAUAUAUCGUCUAUGAAUUGGGCCUGGAAAAUAUUAUUUUACUAACACCCACCUCAAAUAUAAAGGUAUGUAUGAAUAAGGUGUUGUGUUUGAAUAUAAAACAUCUAGAGUCCUCUAAGAUUUUAAAGGUAGAGAGAGGUUUUGCUUUGGUGAUCUUCAGAAACUGAGUUCUUGUCAACAUUGAAACUCAUCUCUGUUUAUAUGUUAACAAAAUGCCAUAACUGUCA